UUUCCUUUAACAUGCAUGUCAGAUUGUGAACUCUCUCUGUUUGCAUGGCAGCUGAAAGCUCGAGUACUCCAGCAGGCAAAUUGAAAUCCACUAAUACUAUGUCCGAUGAAAACCCCACUUCGACACUGAAACUAUUCGGCUUUCCAUUAACGCAACACAAAGAACUAGCAGUCAAGAGAGAACAUUUCGGAGAUCUAGAACACACCAAAUACAUGUGUCAAUUUUGCCGUCGAGCUUUUGCUAACUCCCAAGCAUUAGGUGGCCACCAAAAUGCACACAAGCGAGAGCGUCAAAGAGUGAGGCGUUCCCGAUUUCAGAGUGGACAGUUUGUAGCAGCUGCUGCACCAAUUCUAAGCUCGCACGCCGUGAGAUCAUCAACAGUACCGUCCAUUCAUUCAAGAAGACUCGUUCGCAAUCCUGCUGCUACAGCUAGCUUCGACUCAGGGUUACAGCAGGCACAUCCAAAUUUUUAUCUAUCACGGCAGCCUUUGAAUAUUUCAUCAUUUCCUUCUCGUUUCUUCGUGACAACCCCUGUGCAGAUUUCUGCUAAUUCGCUUUCGUUUGCUGAAUUCUCAGGUAAGUUGCCAGAAGGGGAGGUAGGUGUUGAUCUUCAUCUAAAGUUGUCUCCUUCUGGUAAUUAAAGAUAGCUAGAUUAUAUGGACCGUAUUGCAUGUAUGAGUGGAACCUGAUCAUCUCUUUUCGAAAUAGUCUUUUUUAAAUUUGCAUUUGAAGUUCCCAUUUGAAGUUGUAAGGUUGGCAAACAAGAGCUUAUAAAUUCCAAUAAGAAAACGGCCAUUUACUUUUC